AUUUUAAUGGCUCACACGAUUCUACAUUAUCCAUAGUCUCUGGAUUUCAUAAUUGUAUGUGCCGCCGGUUUGAAGAGUCAAAACAAACCUGUGUGAUUACGCACGACAUUGAUUACGUCUGGCAUAGAAAUUGUUAAAUAACAACAACAUGAGUCGAAGAAAAAGAGCGAAGGUGGAGUAUAGAGAAAUGGAAGAGAAAUAUAAUCAGUUAGAAGAUGAAAAUGCUUCAGAUACAUCGGAAAAGUCUAAACCUGGUCUUGUUACUCCAGAAAAAAAAGUCGUACCUGAAGUAAAAAAAGAAACUGAUACAAGUAUACCGCAGUCUGUCCCCACAUCUUCUGCUCCAAAAAUUGAAGUAAAAGAAGAAGAUGAUCAAGACAGUGAUCAUGAAGAUCCUCAUGUAAAGGAAUUACUUAAUGGAUUGGAAGGGGCAGCAUUUCAAAGUCGUCUUCCAUUUGAUAAGUUAACUUCAACUGAAGCCGCUUGUUUCCCAGAUGUUUCUGGUGGUCCGCCACAGACUCAAAAAGUUUUCCUCCACAUUAGAAACAGACUUUUGCAACUAUGGCUCGAAAAUCCAAAGCAACAAUUGAUAAUCGAAAAUGCUUUACCAGCUAUAGAACCUCCUUAUAAUAGCGAUACCGUAUUGACACGUCGAAUUCACGCAUUUUUAGAAAGACACGGUUUUAUUAAUUUUGGUGUAUUUAAGCGACUCAAGCCAUUACCUACGAAGAAAUCAGGCAAAGUAAUUGUAAUUGGAGCAGGUAUUGCCGGUUUAGCUGCUGCUCAACAAAUGCAACAAUUUGGUUUGGAAGUAAUUGUACUCGAAGCACGGGAUCGUGUUGGUGGUCGAAUUGCAACAUUUCGUAAAUCUUCGUAUAUCGCUGAUCUCGGCGCUAUGGUAGUUACAGGAUUAGGUGGAAAUCCAGUGACAACUCUUAGCAAACAGAUUAAUAUGGAACUCCAUAAAAUACGACAAAAGUGUCCUUUGUAUGAAAGCGAUGGUCAAACGGUCCCGAAAGAUAAAGACGAAAUGGUAGAAAGAGAGUUUAACCGUUUAUUGGAAGCAACGUCAUAUCUUUCACAUCAAUUAGAUUUUAAUUAUGUGGGUAGCGCUGGAUCAGGACAAGGUACUAAUACGCGACCGGUUUCAUUAGGUCAGGCAUUGGAAUGGGUGAUACGUCUGCAAGAACAAGGUGUCAAACAGCGUCAAGUAGCUCAUUUGCGUUCCGUACUAUCGCUUCAAGGUCGGCUUAUCACCAAUCAACAUAGGAUGAUUUCCAUCAUGGAUCGUUUAGUUGAACUAAACAAACAAUAUAAAGAGAUGACUGAGAGUAAAUUACAAACACGUGAUAUAACACAAGAAUUUGUGUUACGUUCAAAAUUACGGGAUCUUCACAAUGCAUGCAAGGAAUGGGAUCAACUUUCUGAGCAACAGAAAGAAAUCGAGGCAAAGUUACAAGAAUUAGAAGCCUCCCCUCCUAGUGAUGUAUAUCUUUCUUCGAAGGAUCGUCAAAUAUUGGAUUGGCAUUUUGCGAAUUUAGAGUUCGCCAACGCGACGUCGCUGUCAAAUCUGAGCCUAAAACAUUGGGACCAGGACGACGACUUUGAAUUCACCGGCAGUCAUCUAACAGUUCGCAACGGCUACUCGUGCGUACCUGUUGCUCUGUCGGAGGGCCUGGACAUCCGGUUGAACACAGCGGCCAGGGCGGUCCGCUACGGAGUGAACGGGGUGGAGGUGUGGGCCGCACCCUCGCGCAGCCCCCACACAAAUCACACGGUGUACAAGGCGGACGCGGUGCUGGUGACGUUGCCUCUCGGCGUUCUGAAGGCUUCCGCGCCGCCGUCCGCGGUCGCCUUCAACCCGCCGCUUCCGGACUGGAAGUCACAGGCUAUUCAGAGGCUCGGCUUCGGCAAUUUAAAUAAGGUGGUGCUGUGCUUCGAACGGAUCUUCUGGGAUCCGACCGCCAAUUUGUUUGGCCACGUGGGUAGCACGACCGCGUCGCGUGGCGAGCUCUUCCUCUUCUGGAACCUUUACAAGGCUCCGGUGUUGUUGGCUCUAGUCGCUGGCGAGGCUGCCUGCGUGAUGGAGAACGUCAGCGAUGAUGUAAUCGUCGGCCGCUGUAUCGCCGUCCUCAAGGGUAUUUUUGGGAACCAAGUGGUGCCACAGCCACGCGAGAGCGUGGUGACGAGAUGGCGGGCAGAUCCGUGGGCAAGAGGCUCGUACAGUUUCGUGGCGGUCGGCAGUUCCGGUAGCGAUUACGAUCUUUUGGCAGCGCCUGUCGCGCCCCCUGCCACCCCUGGUACUCCUCCGCCGCAGCCAAGAGUAUUCUUCGCAGGGGAGCAUACCAUACGAAAUUACCCGGCGACCGUGCACGGUGCUUUCCUCAGCGGACUUCGCGAAGGUGGGAGGAUCGCGGACCAGCUCUGCGGAAGUCCGUACGCGCCGCCGACGAUGCCCGCUUCCGGUGCGGCGCCAACGGCCAUGCCAUCGGCCACCACCGGCCCCACCUCCACGCCUUAGCGCUCUGCCACGGAAACCACGGUCUUCGAUCGAUAACGAGCGUUAUUAUCACAAUUAUCACAAUGUUUCAUUGUCGAGUCUAUGAUUAUUCUCGCUUGGACGAUCGAGGAAAGUACGGAACGGUAGCUGGAAUUUUCUUUCGUUGGAAAAGGCGAAAAAACAGAAAGAAAAAGAGAAAAGAGAAAAAAGUAAGACGGUGAGUUUCGUUCGUUCCAGGCUAAGACCAAAAACCGUUCCAAGCUCGUCUAUCGUGUUCCGAUCGACAGCACGUAUAUACGAGCAAUCGAGCGCGAUCGUGCAAUUAGUUAGGGAAAUAUGUCCGCCAAUGGCUAGACCCCAUUAAUCACGUUCGACGAUCGUCAUUCGAUUGAGCCGCCACGAUCCUCGGUCCACGAAUCUCGUGGCACUUGAUGUAUAGUAAUUAUUGUAUAGUAAAUGCAAUAAUAAUGUUUAUUCAUAUUACUUAUAUAGUGACAGGGAUUUGAUAAUCGGAAAUGUAAUCGAGGAUCGUGGUAGGAUUAGGUGUAUCGACGUGCCCGACACGAUUCCCAAUUCUCAUCGAUUCGUCCAUCGGUCUUUCGGUAGAAUCGUGCGAUUAUUUAUUUUUCAGAUGUCGGCCACGGUGAAAGAAAUGAUAAAUAAGCAUCGAGGAUUCGAUGGAUGAUCGAUCGAGACCUGAGGCACAUCCAUUCACAAGCUGCUACGACCCUCCGUGUAAUCGUGUCCCAAUUGUUUCAAUUCUAUCCAAUGUUUAUUUCAGAAAAAAAAAAAAGAAAUCGUUGAUACUGGUCCAAAGGAUCUGGAGAGGAUCGUAGCGAUCUUGGAGAUACGUCGGUUCAUGAUAAGAGAGAUUCGUGCCUUUGCUACUACGUUCCAUCACGAUCGUACACAUAUGUGUUUAGUCUGUAUCAUAUCGUAGUGAUCGUUUCAUUGUACGUUUAGCAUACUCUGUCUCGUAGCAGUUAUACUUCGUUCCUUUUUUUACUCGCAUUGACGUGCUUUGACCCGCCGAUAUAUUUUCAACCAAAUCUUCCUUCUCCAUGCUCUAUCAUGCUUCCUCGAGACUUCUCGAUCUUAAUCACCCUUCCACUCACUUUCAGCUCUUAAUUAUUUAGAUUAAAAUUCGUUUUAAUCAUUAUAAGCCAGAACACGCGUUAUUUUUUUUUUUUUUUUUUUUUUUUUAAAGAAGAAAAAGAAAAAAAAGAAAGUCGUUCAAUGUUUGACAAAGAUGUUCGAUGUUUGAGUGUUGAUUGUCUAUCGCAAGAAUCCCGGACGAACUCAUUUCUACACUGAUUACAGCGAUCUUUACACUCGAUCUCUCGCUGAUCGAUUCGGCGCUCGAGAACAUCCAUCGCCGCGAGUGCUUUUCGAACGAAGCUCAAACCGAUCGAGAACUGUUCGAAAACUUUGGCAAGGAGACACGCUAAUGUGUGUGAUGACUUUGGUUCAAACUCGAUUUCAUUGACGAACCGGGCUCAUUAUCGAACGCACGGCCGAUUGAUCAGCGAAGAACGGAAUUCCUCUAGCGAUAGCCAGAUUCACCCACGACUUUAGUCGACCGCUAUCUAGAAACAAAUUGCGCGGAGCACGCGAUAAACGUCGUUAACAGCUUUACAGUUACAUGAAUAUUCCACGUGAUAGAAUGUUCCGACACGCAAGCAAUCAUUAAAGCUACUUCGUGUCACUGUACUUCAUGAAAAACGAUCGGAGCUUAGUUUUCACCGAAGCAACUUCUUGUUGCUUUUUGAACGCCGAACACACGAAGAAACGUGAACAAAGGUUUCUACUCGGUUGCUUCGGUGAAGACGUAGCUUAAUAUACGUUGAAUUAACUGUAUGUUGCGGGUCGUUAACAACGUCGACGUCUUGGUCACGAUACCACCCUAUACACCUAAGUACUGUUGAGAGCUGAGAAGAUGGUAGCGAUUGGUUGGUCCAUUAGAAGAUCGACAGCGUCGAUUAGACAGUAGGUAAUAUCUACUGAAAUAUAUGACCAAGAGGGUCUCGGCUGCCAUUUUUUCAGCUGUCAACUAUACGAAAAUCUGUAGAGAUUAAUCGAAAGUCCUCGAUUAUACACAUCAGCUAUGCGCCUAUUCCUCUUGAUUAAAGGCAGAGAGUUGUUACGAUACCAAGGA